CACAGAUUGUGACAGUCGAGUUCCUGAAGCAAACAAAACAAAUGACAGCUGACUAGUGGACGGGGGGCUACCGCCUCGUGUCACCAGCCUGGAUACGAUGGAGUGUUAUUUUGACAAUACCAGCCAUUAUAUGAGAAGUUAAUAGCAGCUGGUGAAUAUAUUACAAAGCAGAAACAACGCUGUUUGCUAAUGGCUAAGCGUUAGCCUAGCUCUGCUAAGCUUGUUUUCGUCUAAGCUGAGUUUCAUCAACAGACUGGUUUCGUUUUCCAAAAUCUGUUUUCUGGACCUUAAGUGUCCGCCAUGUAGUGGAUGUGCCAGUCGUUGUCCUGUCGUCUUCCGCCAGCGACUUCCUCUGCAGGACCACAUAGGACUGUUUUGUUUACAUCCAAUGACUGUUUUUAUCUUGUCAACACAGAACCGCCGCUUAUCUCAUGAAGAGCUGCGCUAGCUUCUACGGCUAAUGUUUGUUGGUAUACUUACCUACAAAAGCUGCUCAUUUCUCCAGUUGUUCAGCGUCAUUUCUAUGACAGUCGCCAUUAUGUUAAUAUUGUAGAAGGGGUGGAAAGGCUGUAGUCAGCAGACACUAAAUAUGGAGGCUGUAAGACCAAAGAGGACGAAGACAAAGACCAGCGGAAAGACUCAGCUGGUGAGGAAGCAGAAGCAGGCAGAAGAAGAAAAACGAGCCACAGCUCCCAUAGCAGCCUGUGAUGAGGCCACCACUUCUGGCUUCACUGAUAUUCCUCUCAGCCUGCCAUAUCAAGAGGACAAUGAGCAGCAGCAGCAGCCUGCACACCCUGUGGAUACAACAGCAAAGCCAUCAGACCCUCCUCCUGACAAGCAGCUGACCUCCCAGACUUCAUCCACAUCAGUAUUGUCUAAGACUUUACAAUCAUCUCUGAAUUUGUCAACAGAGACGUUGCAAGUUACAGAGUCAAAAAAAGAGGAUGAGGAGGAUGGGAGCAUUGAAGCUCAAGGGGCUGAGCUUAAAGUUGUGCCAAAGACAGCUGAAGUAGGAAGAAAUGAGGAGACAUGGAACCAACCAUGUGCUUCAUCUCGGUUUCAAAACCUUACAGCUCCAAGUGCCCCUGCUUUGUACCCAUCUCUCCCUGCGCUGGAGGAAGGCCCUGUGAUGCCACUCAGUGGGGAACCUGUCAAAACCUGUGGAAGGGAACCUGCGGUGUUAGCACUCGCUGAGCAGGAGUCCUCCCCCCCAAGUUUGCAGCCUCUGGAAUCCGUUGCAGAGCUCUCUAGAAGCAAACUCUACCCAGAAUUACCUAAAACUGCUCCAGAGAUUCAGCCAUUCUCACUAGAGCAGCUGAGUGUCUGGGAGCCAGGAGGAGGGCUACGAACAUGGCUAGAGGGUGUUGAAGUGUGUGCAGCCCAAUUCUGUGCUUUAGCCAGACAGGAACACCAUGAAUUGACUGAACUUCUACAGAACUAUUGGCGUUGCCGAAGACAGCUGACUCAGUCACACACACAGCUCCAUACACAGUCCUCUGACUGCAAGAGCACACAGAACCGUCUGUGGAGUUUCAGAGAUGAACAACUUACACUUCAGGGACUGUGUGCUGAUCAGUCUAAGGUGUGCGGGUACCAUCGCUUUCAGCAAGCUGACUUUAGUCAGAGUGUACUUGCUGAGCUGAGGAGAUUAUUUGAAGCUCGCAGUGAGCUGCUUCAUCAAAAGGUGGCUCUUCAUGCUUAUACUGCUUUGCUGUCCCGCCUCCAGGUGGAAUCAUACCUAUAUUGCCUUUUAAAAGAUUGUACUGGCACUCAGUCCCAGCCUUGUUCUCUCAGACCUCUGAAAGAAGCCAUUAGUGUCCUGUUUAGCUUCAUCCGUAGAGUUCUGGAUGAUGCACAGUUCCAGGCAGACAUCCAUCACUGGCUAGAAAGACUGGUGGCAGUCCUGCUGCAUAUUGGGGGGUCAGGAGAGCAUCUUUACCUGCUGUGCCAUCUGCUGUGCUGUCCUGCUGGGGUGGGAAAGUGGGCUGCUCCCUUCCUUCAGAUUCAAGUGUGGGGGAACACCUGUGGAGUACAGCACUUCAUGCAAGCCUUGGCCGUCUUAAUGUCCCCUGCAAGACACCGUGCAGAGUUUCUUGGCCAUAUGAAGCCAUGUGAGAGCCAGAGCUCAGCAGCCUCUGGACCUGAGUCCGGAAACUGGACACUAGUGGAUGAAGGCGGAGAAGAGGAUGAGGACCCUGAGAGCAGCUGGUUACUGCUGUGUGAAGAGGACCUGAUCUCCCUGCUAACCCAGUUCCCUUUCCAGCAGCUCUAUUCCCACAUGUUGGGCAUGAGCAGGCAGGGUGUGUAUGAGCCACAGGCCUGUUCCAGUCAGAAGAUGAUGCGGGUGUUUGCUUUUGCUUCCUCACUCAUUGAAAUACUAGCACUUGGCUUACAAACCUAUAACAGGGCACGAUACAGACAGUUAGUCAAAAGGAUUGGUCACAUCAUAAGAAUGACAGUGUGUUAUGUGAGUGAUCACUGGGCCCAGUUUGUGAGUGUAAGUGGUGAAGGGGGAUCCAGCUCUCAUGUGCACUCCCUAUCUUUGGAAAAACUGCAGCUAGAAUAUGAUCAUGUUUUUCUCAGAGCUGUUUUGCAUGUGCUCAGAAACAAGAGACUGGGCAUUUGGUUGUUUAUGUCUGAGAUGCCAUAUGGAACUCUGUCCAGUUCAAUGCUGUGGAAGGUUCUGUAUGUCAUGCAGUGUGCAGAAACAGCAGGACUAGAAGCGCUUGGCACUACAAAUGAGACACACUUCUGCAUUCAGGCUCUCAGAGACCCAGAACACCAGGAGAGGUUCGAGCAGUGGUUGUGUGAGGUUAACAGCUCAGACGGCAUCUCCCUCCUCACUGCACUAGCACACAUGGCUACGCCCACUCAACAUUCAGACCCUGCCUUCAUCACAACCAUAACUCUGCUGAUUUAUCAGGUGUCUUAUGUGAGCAUGUCAACAAGAGAAACUUACUCUAAAGUGGGUCGGGAGUUGCUCGCCGCCAUAGCAACAGCACAUCCCUACAUCAUUUCUGUACUUCUGGAGAGACUAAGAGAGACCAUACAAACUGUGGGCAUGGUGGCAUUGUACUUAUGUAAAGAGCUGCCUCUGAGCCUGUGGCAGCCUCGGCCAGAGGAAAUCUGUGUCAUCGGUGCCUGGCUGCUCCAGCACCCUCUGUCUGCUGUGGAAAACCGCUUAGCCUGUGUUAUACUGGAGGGUCUGAACUGGGGUUACACACAGGAUGGAUCGUUGGCCUUGUCAUCAUCUCUCCACAGGGAAGUGGCUCUGCUGGUGGCUGAAGCCUAUCAAAAGUACCUUACUGACAAAACAUACACUGGCCUUAUAUCCGAAGGGAUCAAACAGGUAUCUUACCUUGCCAGCGUCCUUCGUUUGGGUGUGUCCCCUGAAGCAUCCUUCAGUCAGUGGGCAUGGCAACUGUUGCUAAGGUUGAAGCUCCAUGGCAAUGCUCGGAUCCCUAAAGGAGCUUGGUCGGUCCCUGCUUUGACAUCCAACCCACCGCCAGAGCUUACACACACUCCAAGCAUGCACUCUGUCCUCAGGGCUGUGAAAUCAGGCAUCCCGAUUGGAUGCUACCUGUCCAUUGCCAUGACGACAGUGGGACAUUGUUUGGAAAACUUUUGCACUGAUGGAGUCGGUUUGCUCAAAAGUCUGAUUCAGUCUCGUCACCUGAGAGCUGCUGUGCAUCUAUUGGACAACAUCUUACCCCCUACUUACCCUCUCAGCUUCUACCUGCUCAACAACUCUCAAUUUGUAAGCUGUAUCCAGGUCUUCUUGCAGUCUGACAGUGUUUGUCCUCAGGGUGUCACACAGCAGGUCACUCACCGGGUGGCACCACUACUCACAGGAACAACAUAUGGAGACAAUGUGCGACUAUUAAAUAGUGUCAUUCAGAGCCAUGUAGUCGAGAGCUCACAGCCCGGUCGGGUUGGCUCUGCAGCAGUUCUGGAGUUUUGGGUCGGAAUCCUAACCCAGCAGAAUUUGUGGUAUCGUGACAAAACAGUCCUCUUCCUCAUGGAUCAGAUCUGUUGUGCUGCAUUCACACACCACCAGGAGGAAUGUGUGCAAAAACUACUGUACCAACAGCAUAAGAAUGCCCUAGGUUACCAUGGAGAUCGAAGUCUGCUCUCCUCUAUAGUUGGCUGGAUUGCUGGAAAUGCCACGCCUUCCUUCAUAGAAGGCCAAUCACUAAGUGCAGAGGUGUGGUUUGCCUGGCUGGUGCUGAAUAUGGAGGGGAUGUUUGAAGAAGAUUCUCAGCUCAGACGAUGUGUUGAACACGAGCUUCUAGCAGAGCCCAACAUCUCCCCAGAACAAGCCUUAAAGAAGGCACAGCAGAGGCUUAAGUUGCCAGUGGCACCCUCUCUGCAGCGGCUGCAGGUCUACCGCUGGGCUUGCCAGGCCUUAGCCACGCCUCCUGAUCAUCCUCUACUUCCCUUGGUCUGGCAGAAGUUCCUGCAGCUCUACCUCAGACAGCCUGGGCCUGAAUAUGGGUUGGCUGCAGCCGGAUGUAUCGGUCGAAGGUUCUUCCAGACUUCUUCUCAGGCUGCUUUACUCAAAGACCUUAGGCACAGGCUACAAGAAGUGUCUGAUUUCCACCAUGCUGCCAGCCAAGCCCUUAGGGUUCCUCCGCCACACACACCAGACAGCCAGGGCGAAGAAAGCCCUGACAAUCCUCGGGCCCCUUACCUCACCUCUCCUCAGCUUCACACUGAGCUGGUCAGGUUGUUUGGUGUAUUUGCUGUGUGGCUGGAUGAUGAGACAUUGCAGAAACAGGAGGUGUACCUGCCCUCUCUUCCCCCUGAGUAUGAACCUCACAGACUGGCACAAGUCAUGCAGCGGCAGCAGGAGCUGUGGCUGGAGUAUGUUGACCAAGAGCGUCUGCAGUAUGAUGAGAGAGAGGUUUUGUCUCUGUGGGAAAAAGUGCAGAGUGAGCCAAUGUUUCUCCAAGCCCAAAACCACAGCUUUACUGACUACACAAGCUUCAGUAAUGCAAAGGAGCGAAUUCUGUCUAAUCUGCAGAAGCAUCCAGUUCCCCGUCCAGCUCCAGAGCUGCAGCCGCACAAAGCUCCAGUGGCCGAAGUCCCUACCACGUGUCUCACUGACUCUAAGGCUGCUGCUGAACUGUUGCGGCAGGACCUCAGCAUCCUGCAAGACCAAGCCAGGAUUGCAGUGGCACGUGAAGCCCAACAGGUGGCGAUGGAGCAGGAGCUACUGGAGAGCCUUCCUCUUCUGUAUAAGAACCGACCUGAGCAAAUCAGCAUGGCACUGGAGUGUAAAGGGAAGGGGGGUCAGCCAUGCCAGGGACCUGCAAACAUCACUGUCACUUGUGAACGGGUUCAGAGACAGGAGGCAGUCCAGACUCAGAUAACAUCACUGCGUAAGGACAUAAAGAAGCUCCAAACCGAUGCCAUGGCUGCACCACCUCAGAACCUGGCCCAGGCUGCUGUUCACACUGAGAACUUUAUAACGGCUUUGGUGAAUAUGUACAAAGCUCAGAAGUCUCCAGCUGUGCAGCAUGUUGGUGUAGCUGCCUUCUACCAGGUGGUGUCCUUUGUGUGUGAAGACACCCUGCGGCAUCCCCCAACACGCCAGUACCUCUCCUCAUGUGUAGAGAUACUGGGACAGGUGUUUAUCCAGUGCAAUGUGGAAGAGUGUGGUCGUGUUCUGAAGACUAUCCUGGAGCAGAGGCGUCUUUGCCCUCUCAUUUCUCCGUUCUUCACUCCCAACGCUGCCCCCAAUCAGCUCGUCUUUCUUUACCAAGAGGUGGUGACUUCUUUACACCUUGACAGUGCGGAUGUCAUUUUUAUGCUCCUCACUAAGUUUGACUUGUCCCAGUGGCUGAAUGAAGCCCAUCCAGUGUUUUCUGAGAGAACCCGUUUGCUGGAGUUAGUUCACGGGGCACUCUGUGUCUGUGGCCGAGACCCUGAGCCUGAACUACUUACACCUUUUCAUCUUUUCACCAAACACUGGACGUGGCUUUUACGCCACCAUUUUCCCGACCACUACAGUGACUGUCUGCGUCUGCUUAUGACAAGCUCAUCAAACCAGUUACUGAGUCCAGAAUGCUGGAAGGUGACUCUGCGUGUGCUCGGCUGCUUACCUCCAUUGCGCAGCGCUAAGAGCAAAAGUGAACAAGUGGUCAGUUCUACAGAUACCUCUAACCGUGCUGUUGGACCUCCAGCCUCUCCCUACAGAUCCUCCAUCAGCCUUUCUCCACAGCAGGUGGAUGAGACAGUUGAGUGGCUUAGUGAUUACUUCCUGCGAAAUCGACUCAGUAAAACAGACCUCCGCAGCUUCGGCCUUUACUCUGCCUGGACUCCUUACAUCAGUGAGGUUGUUUCCUUCUGGGAUCAUUUGAUCGGUUGUCUAAUCAACAUGCAAAUCAGCAGCUGUGCCAGAGAGUCAGUAGGCAGCAGCAAAAUAUUGAAAGCUCUGCAGGACCUACACAGUAAGAUUGUGAAGUUAUUUAAGCCUUGGAUCUUUCCUCUGGACAAUGAUGAUGUCAGUAAUCUCAAGUGUUACCCCUGGCUUGAAACUGAUGCAAAUGCAGCAGGAAGUAUGGUUGGCCUUUAUGCUCAACUCACUGACACUCUGCAUGUGAAAUUCAGAGAUCGUCUGCUUCCUGGUCAGAGAGGAGCCCUGUGGCUGUGCAUGAUGCAAUACUGUGAGAGCUGCACCUCUCCUCGUACACCUGAGUAUUUGCUGUAUCUGUACCACACUCACCUCCGCAGCCUACCCUGGAGACACCUGCACCCCGACACUCAACUUAUGGAGCAGCUCUUCAAUGUUGAGAGAGGAAGUCCCAAGAGCUGCUUCCUGUUUCUGGGAGAGGUGUUAUGUGAAGUUAACUGGGUGAGCGUCUUAAGUGACCACUUACAAACACCCCCUGCAUCUACAACUUAUCCGCCUCUGCCUGACACGGGGACACAGAAGGAAUCGCACGCCAUGUUGGUUUAUCUGCUGUACAUGCUGGUUUUUCUGGCAAAAGAGGAACAGCUGCUGAGUCAACAAGACUCCCCUCUCCUCAGUUUGUUGGUCCAGUCCACCUCUCUGCCCUGGCACCAACUGGAUCUGUCCUCAUACCAAGGCAUUCUGGGAUAUGUCAGCACCCACUACCCUCCGUCCUUGCUGCUCAGUACUGAGUCUGCGCCUCAGUUACUGCUGAAGUCACUGCGUAGUGCUGCUGGGCUGCAUCCCCGCCAAAGUGAAGUCCCACACAAGGAGGAGACACUGAAGGCAGGAGCAUAUGUGUGUUGGUGUGAGCAGUCUCUGGUGACUCUUGAACAAGGAGGCAGCAUCACCCUCAGUGAGCUGGAGACUCAGCUGGACACCCUGCUGGAGAGUAUAGUCACAUUCAACCCACCAGAGACUGGUUUGGAACAGAGGCACAUGGCAUACUGCAGUCUGUUUAGCGAUGCUCUGACUUUGCUCAACGGUGUGGGCGUCUCCACAGGCGAAGCCCUCGCUGCUCAUGUCAUUACCUGGUUAGACAAGAAGGGGAGGGGCUUUCCUAUUCUACCUCUUCUCACAGCCUGCUCCUGCCGUCUGGCGUCAGUGCGGCACAUGACGCGGAUCAUGGAGGCCUGCAUUACAGCCUACUUCAACCAUGCUGAGGAGGAGUCUGUGGGUUGGGGUCCUGUGCUCGUGUCCCUGCAGGUGCCUGAGCUCACUGUAGAUGACUUCCUCUCUGAGAGCCAAUCAGGAGGCAGCUUCCUGACACUCUAUGCCUUCAUCCUGCAGCGCCUUAAUACUGAAUACACUGCAGCCAAUGAGAGAAGGACACUGGGUCUAAUAAACACGUGGACCAAUCAGGUCUUCCCCAGUGGGCCAGGUGAUGAAGCUAAGCUGUUUCUUUGGUGGCACAAGGCGCUUAGUCUGUCAGUGGAGCAGCUGCAGCCACAGGCAGGACACAGCGAAGUAUCAGGGGUGGUCAUGGGUCUGCUGAGACUGCAAACCAGGCUGCUACAGCUGGGAGAGGAGAGACUCAACUCUGGGCUGCUGGGAGCCAUUGGCUUGGGGAAGAGGUCUCCUAUGUCCAACAGGUUUAGGGUGGUGGUACGCUGUAUUGCAGCCUUCCUGUCAGUCCAGGUGCCAUCAGAGACAGAGGUCCGACUCCAACCAACCAGCGACAUGCAGUUCUCUGCAAAAGCACAACAAGCCUUGAGCAUGUUGGAGGCUAUGCCCAGCAAUAAGCACUAUGCUGAGUUUGAGGACUCAGUGAAGAAAGCCGUCCAGUUCAUCAGUUACCCUGGACACUGUCUCAAAGAUGGACCUCGACUGCUGGCCCUGUUAGUCAACUUCCUCUACCCUGACCUCAGAUACUUAAACAUAAUCCGUUAAAUGUGACUCAAUCACAGGCUCUUGCUGGAGACUGGGGAACUCUCAUCUGUGGAUAAUGCAGUGACAAUACAAAAAUGUUGGAGCACAAAGUCACCAAGUAGUGAUGCCAGUACUGAAUUGCUGUUGCUUUGUAUUUUCUCAUCAGCGAAUGCUUUUUUGACUGACACUGACAAGUCAUCUGAACUCUCUGUUCACUCACAAGAAAGACUUUUUUGGUAAUGAGCAAAGACAAGUGAACCCAUUAAGAAGUAUAAGAAAUGUUAUGUCCUAACCCCAGUCCUGUUUUUGCACUUUGCUGUCUUCUAUCAUGUUUAUGCCUUUUUUGCUUUCAAUAUACAUUGCCUGUUGGUUAUCAACACAUCUGCUUUACUUAUUAUUUGAGAGGAAGUUGCACAUAUUUAUUAUUAAUUGGUGAGAUGCAAUUUAUGAAUCAAUAUGGAGUCCUGGACUUUAGCUGUGAGUUUCACACCUGUAUGUGGAAUCUAUCAGAAAAAGUUGAAGGGUCCACAGAUUAUUUGGUGGAAGAUGAAGGACAGAUCUAAUAGGCCUAUAAGUUUAGUACUACCUUCUUAAAAAGGGGUGGAGGACAUAUCAGGAAAGCUGGUAGAUAUGUUUUUUCUCAUACAACUUUGUAGGUUUGCUGUUGACGUAGCAUCUAGCUACAAGUUGUGCUUUAAAAAAAUGUCUCAAUGUUCUGACAUAUAAAUACAAUGACUGCCUGUAUGAAUAGAUUAUGUUUAGUUAACACAUUUGCCAGUAUUAUGUUAAUGUACAGCCAAAAGUGCUUUCCCUAUUUCUGCCAAAGAGAUUUUAUUUUUUUCUGCUCCUCUAGUUAAAAGUCCUUGAUCAUGUAGUCUGUGUCAUUUGCAUCUGUUAUGUAACUGGAUUUACAAACAAAUACUUUUGUUGGUUUGAUGAAGAAAGAUUUUGAUUCAGAUUCAUCAAAACAACUGUAAGUUCUAUCCAGUCUCUUGUUUCACCACUUUGGUUUCUCUGUGCCAUCUUAAUAAUAAUUGUGCUGCACUUAUGCAGCUUGAAGCUCGCCUUAUUGCCUGUGUUAAUGUGGUGAGUGUUAAUGUCAGAAGCAUUUCUUUUAUAUGAGUCAGUGAUCAGGAAUGGGUCUGUGAGGCUGCUGCAUGAGUGAGCCAGACCACUCAAAGGACACAAAAAAGCCCUAUUUAAUAAAAGUGUGGCUGGUAUUCAACCAACUCAAACAUCUGGGACCAUAUAUAGUACGUGAAACCUCUGAGUGGUGAGAGACUGAUGUAAAAUCUCAUGUGGAAGGACAAUAUUUUAUGAACCAAGCUGUCACAAUCAGAAAGUCAAGAGACCCAGACGGCAAUUACAGAGCCACAGUGAGACACAAUAGGCUGUGUAGCUUUGAUAACAAAACUGGUCUGCAGUUUGUGUUUUUCAUGCAUAAAGCAGAUUGUCAAACUGAAAUUAAAGCUUCUUUGACAAUAAAGCCUGUUCUGACAAGCACCCGCUCUUUGA